AUAAGGCUGGAUUGAAAUCUGAUUUGAUUUGGCUAAGGUGCAGGGCUGCAUUAUGACCUCUGUGGGCCCCUUCUUCAAAAAAGCAGAAAAUAAAAAUAAUAGUAUUUUACGAUUGUUUAGGUAUAGUAAUAAUAAUAAAUUGAGUUUUUUUGAAUUAAACACUUUCUUUGACCAAAAAUUAAUGCUUAUUUCUGAUUUUAAAAGACAUUUUUGUAGGCCCCUAAAAGUAUUGUGGGCCCUAGGCAUUUUGCCUUCUGUGUCUAAUGGAUGAGUCGGCCCUGCUAGUAUGUGUCUUCGGUAAAAGUCAGCCAGACUCGGCCUUUUAUGGAAAGAAAGGCAAGUUACUGGGCAGGAGGAAUUUCCGGGUGGGGAUGGAGGAGUGGGGAGGAAGUGUGCUUAACAAGUUUUAUAAUAUCUCAAAAUCUGAAACACAAACCAUUUUCACAUCCACACUCUACGAAACAAACCAAACAGAAACAAUCCCAUACAUGGUUACAGACACACAAUGGGUCCCACAACAUCAUACAGCAUGAAAACGCGAACACACCUGCACAUGCCCAGGCGUUCUUUCUUUAAAACAAAUGCAUACUUAAUGCCAGCUGUGCUCCUUGCGCUACUCCAGGUGAUGAUGCUAACUGGGCGGAGGGUGAAAGACUAAAGUCUUGUCCUCACAGCUCAGACCUAGGUAACCACCGUACCCAAGAGCCCACCACCUACUCCUCCUCCUCCUGCUGCACGCAGGUUUGAGGCUCUGAAGUCCCCAAGCGCCUGCUCUGCCUACUACAGUCUGGACUCAUAUUCCACUCGCCUGUUCCACGUACGCAGGUCUACCUAAAGCCACAGUCCUCCCGAGGUCUGGUCAACCUCCGCCGCGCGCCGAUACACGCCUGCGCCUGCGCACUCGGAACACCGCGCACUCCCGGCAGUUCCGGAUGGACUGCAUUUCCCAGAAGCCACCGAGUUCGCAUCAGCCUCGGCCCCUGGGUCCUCUUCCGGUGGUGGAGCAGCUGUGGUCCCUACGUGUGCUGCCUGUCUUGGAAAAAAAAAAAGGAUCCUGAGAGAGGAAAGAAUUUUUGUUACACAACUAAAAGUUUAAGUUCAGCCCUGGCUUCUCUGGACUCAGCUUCCGAGGAUGAUUGGCAGUUCUAAAACCAUGGGCCGGGUGCCACUGACAUUCAGUGAUGUUGCCAUAGACUUCUCUCAGGAGGAGUGGGAAUGCCUAAACUCAGAUCAGAGGAAUUUGUAUAGAGAUGUGAUGUUGGAGAAUUAUACUAACUUGAUAUCACUGGACAGUGAUUUCACAAGUGAGAGCAACAAAUUAUCUUCAGAAGAAAGCAGUUAUGAAGUAAAUUCAUACCAUCGGGAGACAAUGAAUAGAAGUAAAACCUUCAACUUUAUGGCGUUUAUUUUCAGAAAUGACUCACAGAACAGAACUAAAUUUGAAAGACAACAGGCACCUAAAAUGGGAUAUUGUAAUCAAAUGAUAUUCAGAAAACAUAUAUCCCUUCCUCUAUAUCAAAGACUUCACACUAAAGAGAAGUCAUAUGAAUGUAAGGAAUGUAGAAAGGGCUUUAGGAAAUAUUCACACCUUAUUGAACAUGUGAGAGACCAUAGUGGUGUAAGACCCUAUGAAUGUAAGGAAUGUGGAAAGGUCUUUAUAGUUCUCCAGCAUUUUAUUAGACAUAAAAAAAGUCACACUGAUUUGAAACCCUUUGAAUGUAAUGGAUGUGAGAAGGCCUUUAGGUUUUAUUCACAGCUUAUUCAACAUCAGAUAAUUCAUACUGGUGUGAAACCCUAUGAAUGUAAGCAAUGUGGGAAGGCCUUUAGACGUCAUUCUCACCUUACUGAACAUCAGAAAAUUCAUAUUGGUUUGAAACCCUACAAAUGUAAGGAAUGUGGGGAAACUUUUAGGUUGUACCGACAUAUGUGUCUCCAUCAGAAAAUUCAUCAUGGUGUGAAACCCUAUAUUUGUAAGGAAUGUGGAAGGGCCUUUGGUCAUCGUUCAAGUCUCUAUCAGCAUAAGAAAAUUCAUUCUGGUGAGAAACCGUAUAAAUGUAAACAAUGUGGAAAGGCCUUUGUUCGCAGUUAUCUACUUAUUGAACAUCAGAGAAGUCAUACUGGUGAGAAGCCUCAUGAAUGUAAGGUAUGUGGAAAAGCCUUUAGUAGGGGCUCAAGCCUUCUUAAACAUAAGAGAAUUCAUAGUAGCGAGAAACUGUAUGAUUGUAAGGAAUGUGGGAAGGCCUUCUGUAGAGGCUCUCAACUUACACAACAUCAGAGAAUUCAUACUGGCGAGAAGCCCCAUGAAUGCAAAGAAUGUGGGAAGACUUUUAAGCUCCAUUCUUACCUUAUUCAACAUCAGAUCAUUCACAGUGAUUUGAAACCAUAUGAAUGUAAACAAUGUGGGAAAGCCUUCAGUCGUGUCGGAGACCUUAAAACACAUCAGUCAAUUCAUGCCGGGGAGAAACCUUAUGAAUGUAAGGAAUGUGGAAAAACCUUUAGACUUAAUUCUCAACUAAUUUAUCAUCAGACAAUCCAUACUGGUUUGAAACCAUAUAUAUGUAAAGAAUGUAAGAAGGCCUUCCGUUCUAUCUCAGGUCUUUCUCAACAUAAGAGAAUUCAUACUGGUGAAAAACCUUAUGAAUGUAAAGAAUGUGGUAAGGCCUUUAAUCGUAGCGAUCGACUUGCUCAGCAUCAGAGAAUUCAUACUGGUGUGAAGCCACAUAAAUGUAAGGAAUGUGGGAAAGCCUUUACUCGUUGCUAUCAACUUACUCAACAUCAAAGAUUUCACAUUGGCGAGAAAGUCUUAAUGUAAUGAGAGUCAGAAAACCUUUAGCCAUGACACAUCCUUUAACAUUAUCACUCUUCUACCACCUAACGAUAUGGUAAAGAUUAAAUUAUUUAACAUAAAAUAUGAUUG